AUGAGCCAAAACAACGAGACACAACAACAAACCCGAAUUGAACGCGUGGUGGUCUGGGAAGGGGAAUGGGCUCCAGUCAGACGAUAUUUCCAUCAUGUCUUGGUUUUGAAAGACAAGAUUAUAAAGACUUCAAUGGAUACUGUGGAUAGUACUGCUAAAGCACUCUGUGAAACAAAGACAUCCCUCGUAAAGACUACGGAAUCAACUAUUCAUGAAUCACUCAAAUGGAAGGAUUCAAACCCUGCUUUGGUCAUUCCAGCCGUGUCUGCUCUCGUCCUCUUCAUUAACCGUAAUCCAAGAAUUUUCGUGAGAAACUUUGUUUUGGCAUCUGCUUUCGUUUCUGCAGCUUUAUAUCCAAAGAUCUUUGUUCAAGCCUUCUAUAAGCCAAAGGAAUUCUUAGAGAACUCUUUCGUUUCCUAUGAGAAGAGAGCUGAAGAAAGAAAGGCUGCUCAACAAGCUUUACAAACAACAACAGCAGCACCAACAACAACCACUACGACAACAGCAACAGAAACAGCUGUUGAAAAACCACCAAAGGAAGAUAGUGUAUUAUCGGAGGAAGAGUCGAACGAAGCAACAAAUACUGCUCCCCCAACAAUUGUUGAGGAAAAUAAGGCUUAA